AUGUCGCAGGUUGUGGGCAAUACUGCAUUAGCAUAUGCCCGAGUAUGGCAUCAGGUCGACGCGACGGACCGCAUCCUCGGGAAACUGGCGGAAAGAAUUGCACUUGUUCUAAUGGGAAAGCACAAGCCCAUUUACGAUCCUAGCGUGGAUUGCGGGGACUACGUGAUUGUGACGAACUGCCUCAAGGUGAAGGUGACCGGACGCAAGCCCGAACAGUUUUUAUAUCGAAAACAUUCAAUGUACCCGGGAGGACUGAAGGAGAUGUCGUAUAAGGAUAUGAUGGUGAAAAAGCCCGAAGAGAUCAUUCGCCAUGCUGUCUCUGGUAUGUUGCCCAAAAACAAAUUACGAGAACGACGGCUAGAAAGACUACGAAUAUUUCCUGCGAACGAAACGGGCAUUCUGGAAGCGAAUCUCUUGCGCAGCUGGGAGGACGGAACCCUUCCCAGUGACUGGAACCCGACGAAGCUCGUUGCUGGGAAGCCCAGGAUUUUAUUAGGUGGGCUGGUUGACAAAUCUGCAUUUUACACAACACCGUAAUAUUCCCUACGCUGUGCGUCUGAAUUAAUUUCGGUUCCAUGGGAUGAUGGAG